AUGGAGGCGGCGGCCGAAGGACUGGACUGGAAAAGGUUUUACAUUUUGGACAUGUACAAUGCUGGAAUUUAUCCCUUCGACCACGCUACUAAGCGGCAUAUUGAUCAAAAAGUCGACUUAGUUAGUGGGACAAAAACACAUGAUUACUUGGAUCAGCUUGACAAGGCUCUCAAGGUCGCACAAAGUAGAUUUCAGCCCCAGUUGAUUGUUUAUAAUGCUGGAACAGACAUCCUGGAUGGUGAUCCAUUGGGGAACUUGAAUAUAAGUCAUGAAGGUGGGGUGAUUAGAGAUGAGAAGGUGUUCAGGUUUGCAAAAGAGCAAAACAUUCCCCUUCUCAUGCUGACAUCAGGCGGCUACAUGAAGUCGAGUGCACGAGUAAUUGCAGAUUCGAUUACCAAUCUCUCACAGAAGAACUUGAUACAACUAGGUAACCAGCUAGGCUAA